GUAGCAGUUGUCGUCGAGCGGUCGUGGCCAGUAGAUGUGGGGCGUCCCGUCAGCACUUUUGAACGAAAACGGUUUUUUUUUUUUGCGAGUUGAUGGAUUGUUGACCGUCGUGGAAGGUAGACCGGAGACGUCGUCGGGGGUAGUUCCGUUUUGCUGCAGCUAGGGGGUGUUUGCGCAAACAAAUAAAAAAGAGAUUGCUGAAAAAAGGUUGAAGGUGGCAGUGAAAAAUCAAUUUCAAUCGACGAAAUAUUAGUGGAAAUUAGAUUUCCUCUGCGGAUGUCGGUGAAGGUAGCAAGAAUCGCAAUUUUCGAGCAAAUUUGAGCUGCUCUUGUUCCUCGAAAAUAUCCCACAAGUGUAUAUUAAUUGCGCGAUGGUGUUUGUGAAAUUUUCCUCGGGCCGAAAGAUGUGGCAGAGUUGUGCGAUUUUCCUCGGAUAAAGAAGAAGAUCUCGGUACAACACGGAAACAACUAGCGCGGGAGGAAGAAACGCAACUUUUUUUUGCAAAUCGCUGCAACAACACCAAGUUUGAUGUAGAGAAGAGCAGAGAGGAGUUUAGCAGAAGAAGCUGUGGGAAGCAAAAACGAGUGAAAAUGCUAGGCGUAAUGUGCGAUUAAAGCAUACAUAACGUACAGAGUGAAGUAAUACAACAACAACAACACAACCAUCAGAAGAGGAAAUUCCGUUGCAAAAAUUGCAAAGUGUGUGUGUUCACGAUAUUUUUUUUGUGUCACAACAAGUGAACGAUGAGGUGAAAGUUUGUGCCGCAGUGUCCCUUAAGCAGUGCACACAGAAAGCACAGAAAACCCUCGAACCAGGAGGAAAAGAGUAGCGAUAUUCCUGCAACGUCAUAACAGUCGAAAAAAGGGAGAAGUACGUCGCAGAAAUAAGUCAAAUAUCACUCACGUGAAACAAAGAAGAGGAAGACCAGGAAGAUGGCAUCGGAAACGAUGGCCGCCGCUACCGGGAACGGUGUUCAGAAGCAAAAUCAGCAGCAGCAGGAGAAGCCAGAGGAGGUGGUGGCCGAACUGCGGAAGAACCACGUACAGCAGCAGCCAAAGCAACUCAAAGAGCUGCACUACGUGAAUCCGUUCGUGCACAAGCUCGUGUGGGAUGAUCCCAUCGAUAAGCUGAAGACCGCCCUCCUCACAGUAUUCCUGCUGCCAUUCCGGGUGAUACUCAUCAUCGUCUGCCUGGUGAUCGCGUGGACCCUGGCUAACAUCGGCCUGUACGGGCUGUCCCGGGAGGAGCUGCGCACAAAGCCCUUGUCCGGCUGGAGGCGACAGCUACGCGUUCUGACGGCCCACGUGAUGCGGGGCCUGUUCUUGUUCGGCUCGUUCAACCUGAUCCGAACCAAGGGGCGGCGGGCGACCUGCAAGGAAGCUCCCGUGAUCUGCGUGGCACCGCACACGGCCUUCUACGACUCGAUCUGCGUGAUCCUGUUCGGGCCGUCGGCGGUCGUGGCCAAGUACGAGACCGCGUCGUUGCCAUUUUUCGGAAAACUAAUCGACUACGCCCAGCCGAUCUACGUGUGCCGCGAGGACCCCAACUCGCGCCAAAACACCAUCAAGGAGAUCAUCGAGCGGGCCAACUCCAAGGAGGACUGGCCCCAAAUUCUGAUCUUUCCCGAGGGCACCUGCACCAACCGGACCUCGCUGAUCCAGUUCAAGCCGGGCGCGUUCUACCCGGGCGUGCCGAUCCAGCCGGUGCUGGUGCGCUACCCGAACAAGGUCGACACCGUCACCUGGACCUGGGAGGGGCCGGACGCGCUGCAGCUGCUGUGGCGAACGCUGACCCAGUUCCACACGUUCUGCGAGAUCGAGUUCAUGCCAGUGUACCACCCGAGCGAGGAGGAGAAGCGCGACCCGAAGCUGUACGCGCGGAACGUGCGCAACCUGAUGGCCCGCGAGCUCGGCAUCCCGAUCUCGGACUACACCUUCGACGACUGCAAGCUCAUGACGUUCGUCAAGAACGUCCACAUGCCGUACGCCGCGUUCAGCGCCGACGUCGAGAAGCUGCGCAAGACGCUCGGAUUAAACAAACUCAACGUUGAGGAGCAGGUCGUUGCUGGCGGCGGCAGCUUCACGGACGACAACAGUUAUCUGACGAUAGAGGAGUUUGGCAAGCGGUUGAACGUGGCCGCCGACGAUGAGUCCACCAAGAAGCUCUUCCGAAUAUUUGUGAAGCCCGAGCGCAGCAUGACCGUGAUAGACUUCAGGGAGUACCUGCUGAUGUCGCUGUUCCUAAUCACCCUCUACUCGCCCAAGCUGAACUUUGUCAAGGCGCUGUUCUACCUGUAUGGCGACCACGGUAAGGUCUCCCGAGAGGCGUUCCACAGUACGCUCCAGUACCUGGUCAAGAUCACCCCGCCGGAGGCGGACACCAUCUUCCUGAGCGCCGACAGUGGCAAUUUGGGGGAGAUUUCGUUCGACCAGUUCACCAGCGUUCUGGAUAAGUACCCGGCGAUCCAGAAAAAGCUGCAGAAGAACAACGAUCCCAACAACCUAAGGCUCACUUAAACCAAAACCGAUCUCCUUAAAAAAGAAAAAGAAAAGGCUCUCGUGGUAUAGAGAAAUGUAAUGUUGUAAAUCGCAAAACAAAACACUCUCUCACGUGCAGUGACGAAUAUCAUUUAGUGUGACUGAAGCCCGGAGUCCCCUUCCAGUUGUUAAGGGAGACACCUAGAAAACUAUACUUAACUAUCGAUUAUUUAUUGCGUUCGAGUCGAAAUACCGUUAAUCAAACCAACCAACCAACCUACAACCACCCCACAGAAUAGAGAGAGAGAUUAAGAGAGCUUAAACCGCUGCUGACUUAAACGACUAUCGAAGGGUAGCAACUUCCCAUCAACAAGGUUUUUAAAAAUGCAAAUUUGUAUUACUUUCUCAUUGGACAACCCAACCCGAUAUUGCUUCAAAGCAAAUAACAAUGACUGAUCGCUUACGAUGAUCUAUUUAUCUACGUUAACUGAACAAAAGAAAACCGUUCGUCCAGCAAGCUAAACUUACCACAGAUACAACUUAACUGGUUUACCUUUUCGCAAAACACACGUGUUUCGUUUAAAACUCGCACACCCCCUCAAAGACGCAGAGUUAAAAAUCUUUCGGUCAUUUGGCGAUUGCAAAUAUUUUGAUAUUACAUUUUUGUACCUACAUCUAUAGGUUGAAAAGAGAGUCAUUAGAUGCGUGUUUAUGCAAAGUGUUGUGCCGUCGUGUGAAUAAAUAUAUGAAUAUCUGUAUCAGAGAGACAGCGAGGUUUAGCGAAAAAGAGAGUAAGCGGAACCACCCUAAAACUUCCAAAACUGGUGUAAAAUAAUGAGAUAAAAAAGAAAGGACAAGAAAUUUUGUAAGCGCACGUGCAGUAACAGCAGCAGCUUCGUGAAAUGUUAGGUGUUGUGUUUUGUCUGGAGAAGUGAUCUGCUGAGCUUGGCAUAAGAGAAAGAAUUAACAUAAAAUGUGUAUUUAUUUUCUAGAUGGUCUUUGCGAUACGCAAACAAGAGCGAUGUUGAUGAAUUUUAAGUGUGUUUCAGUAAUAUUGGAGCAUAUGAAAGAAAAGCAAAAUAAAAUAAAGAGAAAAAGGUCUUUUAAAAAGCAAA